AUGUUCCGUAACAACUGGAUCCUUCCUGACAAACCACGCCGCCAACUGGAAAGUCUCGAAUGGCCAUACGAAGAUUGUGUGUCUGAUGAGGCCCGCACCAACGGCCAAUGCACGACUUAUCAGCAGUCCCAGGACGAAUUUCAUGAUGUCUGUGAGAAGAUAUGGGCGUCGCGGGGGAUCAUCUGUCAGCUAGAGGAGCCCGGUCCAAACGAGUCCGGCACCGUCAUAGCAAUACAAGGGAAGGGACCUUGGAUGAAAGAAGACCACCACCAUGCAGCUCAGGUAAAUCCGACAGCCCCACUGGAUCAUAUCGGUGGCAUUUCCUGGAAGUUUUGGGCCACGCACAGAUUCCCGCCGUUCCUCAGAGCCGUAAGCACUUGGCGCGUGAUCCUCUCCAAGACGCAUGGGAGCUGGUCUGCUCGGGAUACCCUUCCACUUCACUUAAUUCAUCACCCACCAAGUGGGAGGCUUCCCGUGUCCGCUCUUGUCCGCUCUUUCUACGAGAAUCUGGCGAAAAUCUGGGACGACGUGGUUCAUCCUCAUGAUCAGAUCCAGCUUAUUCCGAAUCUUCCGGUAAUCAAUGCCUACUCCUGCUCCGUGACAUCCUCUCCCGGAGAGGACUCACAGACGCCGACGCAUACCUUGCUUCAAUGUGAGACUUUUGGCGGAUUGAGAAAGAAGCAUUUUGACCAGUUGCAUCGAGCAAUUGGGCCAUCUGAACUGUCAAACUAUGACAGCGUUGUUUCUAACCCGCUGGCAACUCGCUACGUUGCCAAAUUCAUGCACCAAACCGGCCUUCUUGCUCUGCUUCAACACGCUGAUCAGGAAAGGUCCGAUGAUCAACCAGAUGAAAACCUCGAGGUCAUGGAGCAGAGUCCCGAAAAUGCUGGGUACUCACCGACGCUUGCUACCACUUUUGAGGGAGGAGAGAGAGCCUCACUCAACAACUGGAAUACACGGUGCCUGGCUGGGCAUUGA